UUAUAUGUACGUUUUACUAUUUUACGAUAGAAAUUAACAAAUGUUGAGAAGCUGGACAUUUUUUCAUCCACAUAUACAUGAGGUGAACUUUAUUAUUGAUGCGUUCAACAGCCAAGUCAGUAAACACACCAGCACACAAAGCACAAUCAUUAGCAUUCUUUUCAGUAAAUUUCACAGAGUUGUCUUGUGUCAAGUAUUUUUGUGAUUUGCAAUCAAAAAUAUAUAUUUUUAUAUGAACACAAAAAUUUAUUUGUAUACAUAUUUAACUGCCAUUCUUCUAUCUUAAAAUACUGCCGAAUGUCCUCUAAGCCGAGAAAACAAACCGGCAGUUUUGUCAAUGAUCCUUCUGCCAUUAAUCUCAUACAGCUAAGUCCACGUACUGAGUUGUUUCAAAAUGAACGAAGUCCUUAUACCAUGGCGAAUCAUAGUUCCAAGACGAACUUCAUCGGUGACACCGUUAUGCAUGAAGGGCCGCGUGCGGUUGCGGUUAGUGAAACAGGCGAGAAACAUUCUAUUCACCUGGAAGAGGAUAAUAUGCAGACGAACUUGAAUCCAUUCACCGUAGCUUCUCAGUGCUCUCAGGUCUUUUCGAUGCCAAAGAAUACCGUUUCGUCAACGAAAAUUUCUGGUUUUGGAAACGAUUGUUCGAGACUUAUCACUACCAAGCGUUCGAAAGGCUCACGUCGCCAUUCCAACCAGAAAACGCGACCGAUUUUUACACCGCGCAAUAUAGACAAAAUUCCGACACGCUUCUUCAAUGAUGACGCCAAAACCAAAGCGGUUUCACCGCAUAUGAAUGCGCAAACUCAAACAGAGAUUAACACUAGUUGCUCCGCUUUAACACCACGCGCAUAUCAUCCACCGCCAGUGGUACCGCCGCUACAGAUUCCUCGUCGUUAUGUGCCCCGCGAAACAGUUGGCGACAUGCUCGACAGCUCCCGAAGACAGCCGCUCAGGGUGUUGCCUUUGCCGCGUGAAAAGAAGUCAUUUAAAAAUUAUUCAGAAUUGCGGAGCAUUGCGUCUGCCCUCACUUUGAUAACCGUUGUUUCUUGGCUUUUUUCGACAUUCUUUGAACUGGAGGGCAUGUUCGAUAUGUUGGGCGGCAUUUUACGUUUUCUAACUAAUUGGUAUAACAAAGAGGAACCACCUAUGACGAAGGUGGAGAUGUUUGUGCAAUUUGCGCGAAAUUUGUGGUAGCAAAGGUGUGACCCAAGUGAUUUUUAUUGAUGUGUAUUUAUUUCGAUUUUUUGAAAUUUAAACAAGAAAUGUUAAUACGUAACUAGACUUGAUGACAUAGACAAUUAAACAAAUGAUUCUAAUUUCGGGGUCUCAAAGUAAUGGUUUUGGCUGCUGGAUAUGACCUUGGAAAUUUUAACGCUAAAUCUUUACUCUUAACUGAGAUCAUGGACAUCAUCAUUAUUUUUUAAAUUUUUUCUGUUUGUUUUUGAAGUUACCUAAAUAUAGGCUUUCCUGGGUUAUAGCAACAAAAAUAACUGGUGAUGUGGAUAACAUGCAAAUUUAUGUAUUUUUAAAUAUUUUGCUUAAAUUUCGAGAGGACUAACAUAAUUAAACCUUUAAAAUCGAGUCGAAAUAUAUGCAUACGGUACUUCGUGAGGCGCGAGAUUCGAAGCCUAGGACAAGGUAAAUAUUUCGUAUACUAUUAAAGCUAUCGGUGCAAAUCCCUGUCGAAGGAUGUAAAUGUGUGUUAUAUGGGUGCCAUGAGAACAUUAUGUACCAAUUUGGUUGAAUUGAUUUAUAUUUAUACUUACUAUGUCCGCAGUUAUACAAUUAAGUUGGAGGAGCGUGCGACCAUGAUUGUUGGCCGACUUCGGCCAAUUCAUAAUUGAGCAUUCACACUUUGAGUUGGUUAUUAUCAUAGUUCUAGGGUACUUCUUACUUACUUUUGUUACAGGGUAUAUCUGUAUGUAUAUACUUAAAGCUGUUGAAUGUGGGGCAUUCAUAAUUCACUACCGCUAACACAGGAAAUCGAUACACACAUAGUACUAAUAAGUACUCAAUAGAAACGGAUGAAAUGAUAACACUGUUCAAACAAUAUCAUAGUCACAAUGAUUGGAAUCACAAUUAAAAUUGCAGUCAACUUGCUAUUUCAUAUAUAGAUGGAAAGGUGGGCCAACUUGAUUGCUCUACAAACUCACAAUCUACCCAGAUAUAAAAUUCAAAUGCACAUGAAGCGUUCCGGCCAUCUUCAAAUUUGGGAGGUAACAGAAAUAAUAAUUUGUAAUGUCAAAUACACCAGUUUCUAUUUAUUAACAACAAUUACUCCAAUUUGCGUUGGCCCAAGUAUACUGUAUGUAUUACAGUAGUGGACCAACUCUUGACUCUAAAGCCUAAACUUUGUUCGUUUCAAAGUAGGUAAGAAAACGCAGAAAUUACAAUAUUUAUCAGUAGUUCCUACAACAAUCUUGUACAAAUACCUCAUUCGAAAUUAUUUGACAGCAGAUGUGUAAGUACCUUUAUGAACUAAUUUGAUAAUUGAACCGAAUGCCGGUUAAUUUUAAAUUACUCUCUGAUCCAUGUGGAGUAUAUUUUUUAUGCAAAUAUCCGGUGAUAAUGUUUGCCACUAAUUUUGCCCCGAUUCCCCUGAAUUCAUGUCACCACCGCCGACCGGCAACCGCGAUCAACAAGCCGACAAUUGUUGGCGGAAGUAUUUGCUCAAAACAAUGCCCAAUAAGAAUGAAAUCAGCAAAUAAACAAGCAAAGAGAAAUAACAAAAACAUUGGAUAUAUAGAGAAGGAAAAGGCAACAACAAUGAAAAUUGAAAAACAAUGAAUAUGUAUUCCACAUAUACCAGCUUAGCUGACGAACGAGUUGAAAUUGAUGAGUGUGAAGAGGAAAUCACUUACAUACACAC